GGCUCCCAGUCGUGGGUGGAUUGUGGCUGGCUGCUUUGCGCUUUUCAGGAUCAGCGCGGCCUCGGAGCUGCGACCCUGAAAGUGAUAACCUUCGUCAGGCAAGCAUCCGAAGGGGACCAGCCACCCGGACAGUCGGCAAGAGCUGAAUCAGCGGAAUCCGACGAGGUCUGUACCGACUUUUGAUUAAGGGCGGAAGUGAGGACGGCGGAAGCGAGGACUGCGUGGCGGAAGCGAGGACUGCGUUGCGCAAGCGGUAUCCAAAGAGUCUCCUGGACCCACGUGGAAGUUGCGGUCAGGAUGCUGCGCCGCGAGGCCCGCCUUCGCCGCGAGUACCUGUACCGCAAGGCACGAGAGGAGGCUGAGCGAACAGCCCAGGAGAGGAAGGACAAGGUUCGGCGCGCGCUUGAGGAGAACCGCCUGAUUCCCACCGAGUUACGCAAGGAAGCUCUGGCCUUACAGGGGUCUCUGGAGUUUGAGGAUGCCGGUGGUGAAGGUGUGACCAACCACGUAGAUGAUGAGUAUCGCUGGGCAGGGGUUGAGGAUCCCAAGGUCAUGAUUACUACCUCCCGAGAUCCUAGUUCCCGCCUUAAGAUGUUUGCAAAGGAGCUGAAGUUGGUGUUCCCUGGUGCCCAGCGCAUGAACCGUGGCCGGCAUGAGGUAGGAGCUCUGGUGCGAGCCUGCAAAGCCAAUGGGGUCACUGACCUGCUGGUUGUCCACGAGCAUCGAGGCACACCCGUGGGGCUCAUUGUCAGCCACCUGCCCUUUGGCCCAACUGCGUACUUCACACUGUGCAACGUAGUCAUGAGGCAUGACAUCCCUGACCUGGGCACUGCAUCAGAGGCCAAACCUCAUCUCAUCAUACACGGCUUCUCCUCCCGCCUGGGUAAGCGGGUCUCUGACAUACUUCGCUACCUGUUCCCUGUGCCCAAAGAUGACAGCCACCGGGUCAUCACCUUCGCCAACCAGGAUGACUACAUCUCCUUCCGGCACCAUGUAUACAAGAAGACCAACCACCGCAACGUGGAGCUGACCGAGGUUGGGCCGCGCUUUGAGCUGAAGUUGUACAUGAUCCGCCUGGGCACGCUGGAACAAGAGGCCACUGCAGACGUAGAAUGGCGCUGGCACCCCUACACCAACACCGCACACAAGAGAGUCUUCCUGAGUGCUGAGUAGCCCACUCGCUAAUGAGGAUGUGGACCUGGACCUGGGAGGUGGGGAGAGGUCAGAUAAAAUCUAAUUGCUGUAGCACCCUGUUUACCUCUUAUGUGGUCAGGGCAGGUCUGUUGGGUUGAGCGUGAAAGGUGUGGGGGUCUCCUCAGGUGCGGACCUGGCAGCUCUGGGACGUCCUCAGGCCUGGUAGUGACUGCCAGUAGGACAAGGCAGACCUGAGGCAGUGACUAGCUCCUGGGCUGUUGGGAGGGUUUGCUGCUACCCUGGGAGAUCUGGUGCUGCUGUUAGUGGCCGUGAACAUUCAUCAUCUGGGAAUGGGAAUAAAAGUGUGAGCCUAGAAGUCUCACAGAGGAGGUUGGCCCUGGGGACCAGCUUUCAGCCAGGGCAGGCAGAAAAUAAACAAGAUGCAAACCAUUUAUUCAUUUCAUUGUGGCCUCCUUUGAGUGUAAUUCAAGCUCCGCAGAGAACCCAGUGCAGUUGGGUUCACCAGCAGUGGGAAGCUUUAUAUGGUCAUCUUUCCCUUUAAGAAGCUCUUUAGGAUCUCCCUAGAUUACCGAGGAUCUCUCUUAAGUUAUCAAGGAUGUCUGGUAUAUGAAUUCCCCACUUUUUGAUGGGCACAAACUCAACUUGUUUCCUGUUUUAACAGCCACAAAUAUUGCUUCAGGAACACUGAACGUAACGUCUGUGCAUAUUUAUACAAGUAUAUCUGAUGAGUAAACUGCUGCAAGUGGAA